AUUAAUCAUGUAGCCAAAUAGCAUUUUCCUUGUUAUAAAUUCCUUCAAGUUCUUAGUUUAAUUCCUAGAAAGGCCGCUGAAGUUUAUAUCCAUUUCUAUUCUAGGGAUUUAACAUCUCUCUCUCUCGCUGACAUUACGGUUUUAUUCUUUCUCGUGUCACGCUUUUUCUUCUCCUCGUCCUCCUCCCCCUCUCGCAACAAUCCGCCGCCGGCGCCGGCGUCCUCCCUUCUGCACUCUAUUGCUGUCACUGUUGCCUUUCAAAGACCAGUCGGAAUCCGUUGUCUAUUUCUACUGACUUACGGGUUUUCAAAUUCUCACGCCUGUGGGUUUUCAACACGAGAAGUCUACGAAUUUGUGAUUGAGAAAAUAAUCUCAAUUUAUGGUUUUGUGAAAACCAACGAUUUUAAGGACUUCGGUGUUACUUUGAACCAUCAAAAGGAGGAGGUGGCUAUGUCUGGAGUGAUAAAGAAGUUCUUCAUUACCUCAAUGUUUAUGUGGAUGGCUCCUAUUAUGAUCCUUUAUGCUUUUAACAACGAGUUGCUCCCUGGCGUGUCCCAUUUAUCUCCUCAUUCAUUGACAGUGUUGAGUGGGCUCGUGGCAGUCAUAUCAGUCAAUAUAGUUAUUGCAUUCUACAUUUAUAUGGCAAUGAAGGAACCUUCAGAUAAACAUGAGCCGGAUCCCAAAUUUGUUGCUGAGGCGAAAGCUAGUGUAAGUCGGUUAACAAGUAACGGGGAGGAUUCUGCCAAAUCCAUAAAGAAAGAAGAGUAGCAUAGACAAAACUGAUCAGCGUUCUGGUCGGGCUUGCUUCUUCUAUUCAUCGAAAUGUUGAGUUAUGAUGAUGUUUAUUUUGAUUCCAGUGUAAGAAUCAUCUCAUAAUUUGAGUGUUUUUGUACAUUAUCUUUGGACUUGGUUCACUCUCUUCUUUUCAUUUUACGGCCAUAUGUUAUAGAAGGAUAUUGUUCACUCCAGCCUCUGAAUCAGGUGCCUAUAUGGUAAAGAGGGACUUGUAGUAGAAGAAGUAGUUGCUGAGACAAGUCUAGGGAAAAAUAGACAUUGAAAGAUUGGCGAAAGGGCUUCAUAAUGAGCUAUGUAUGCCUUCAUAUCAGUUAUCAAAUUCUGAAAUCGGUUCACUCUUCCAAGCAUUGUUUGAAAUCUGUCCAGAUAUUUCUUUGUUCAAACUUAUAUAAACACACACACAGUGGUGGGUGGAUGGCAAUUGCUGUUUGUGCUGCUUUCUUGAGUCUUGCUGAAGUUUAUGGCCUCUGCUGGUUUUGGUAUGA